AUGUUCGCUGUCAGAGUGGCCACGGGAGCUACCUUUGCCCUGCUUUACGCUUGGUCCGUGCUUGCGGUUCCUGCUCCGACUUCCACCGUAGACUCUCAGUGCCCACAGCCAUGGACUACAACAUACACACAGACGUUGAGCAUCAUCGCGCCUACCACUACGGGUCCCUUCAAGACUACAACGUUCACCGAGACGGGGUGGAACUACCCACUCACAACGUCAACGGAGAUCGGGACGUACACCUACUCGGGGCCCAUCUGGUCCGGCUCUCCUACUUACUCAACGGUAACAGUGGACUACACCAGCACUUACACUGAGGUGUUUACAUAUUCCAACUACUACGGGACAUUCCCGAGCAACUGCAACUACCCGUGA